AUGAUUGACUCAGUCAGAGAAAGAAGACAGUGCAUGCUGGAUUUCUACUCUCAUUAUGAACGUCUAUGUGCUGUUCAAGGUUCUGUCCCACUGAAAGCUGUGAAAGCCGAUCUGAAUUGGGGUGCUCUCAAUCUAACUGUAGAUAGCACCAAAGCUGCUGACUGGGCACCACUUCUUAUUGCAGUAGAAGUCAGAGUCUUAUUAUGCCCAAUAGCAUUCAGAAGUUUUCAUCAAUGGGGUCUUGAAGAAUCAGACUUGACUGGCCAGCUAUGCAAAGCUGUCAAAGGCUGUCCAAGUAUAUCAGAUGUACUAAAAAACUUGGAACUGCAGGAGUUGCUUCUGAGAGAGAGAGAGAGAGAGAGAGAGAGCGAUCUAAUACUUUUAACAAAGGGAACACAAAGUGUUUGUGCUGAGCAGUUUGGAUGUCUUGGUCUCUUCUCUAUUUUAAUCUGUCUGGGUGUGAAGAAUUCAGGUAGUAUCAGAUACAUAAAUUUCACAGGAUAUAGCCUUACCUGGCAAGGGGCCAAACAUAUGACAAAUGUUUUAAAGCACCAGGCAAUGAAAAGACAUAAAGCAGCUUGGGCUGAAAGGCUAUGUUAUAGGAGACCUGACCUGGGCUGUAUGACAGGCUUGAGGCACGUUGCUUUUAACUGCAACAUGCUUGUUGGAGAUAGAGGAGCCAGUGCCUUUGCAGAAUGCCUAGGAGAGGACCUGUGGCUGAAAGCACUCGAUUCGCAGCAGUGCGGAAUAUCCAACAAAGGAGCAAAGUCACUAUUUGAUGCUCUUCAAGAUAAUAUAAUGUUAGUGGUACUUGAUAUAAGAAAAAAAAAUCCCUUAAUUGGAACUGUGAAAAGAGGCAACUCCUUGGGGAAUUUCCAUAUACUAAGAGUUCACUCAACUCAAGACACUUGUUUUAUAUUCAUCAAGUUGGAACUGGGAGAACGCCUGCUAAAAUUAAAGGAAGAAAGAAGAGUCAGAGUAAAAGUCGAGGAAUGGAUAAUGGAGUUGGAAAUUGAAAAUGCAAGGUUGAAGAACCUAAACAUCUCCCUAUCUGAGGUUCUUCAUGCACAGUUGGUAACCAACAUGAUUUUGGAAGAUGAAGGUGUUCUAGGCAGCAUUGAGAACUCUUUCCAAAAGUUUCAUGCUUUUUUAGACCUCCUUAAAGAUGCUGGACUUGGGCAACUUAGUUGCUAUUCCAAAUUCUUCAAGAACACCAUGAACUUCAAAAAUGAGAUAGUGGUGAUGAAAAGUUGUCUUUUUGAAAAUCGAUUCAAACUUAAAUACUUUGGCUUAGUGAGACUGUUUUCACAGUAUUAA